AGGAAGAAGAAGCAAAUGGAAAAUGAAGACGUUGAGCUGUCAAAUUAGAAGAGUAGCAUGGGUCACCACAGCAGCAGCAUUAACUCCCUUGUGUUUCCUGUUGUGAUGGGAUGCCUUGCUGCUUUGAUGCUCAGCAGUGCCUUGAUAUACCUGUACCUGGAUGCUGUGUAUCAGUCGGAGGAGCAGCUGGUGGACACACACUCUGGCUGUCUCCCUCAACACUUUAAACUGCCGGUCAUGAAGAACUGUAGCCCCUGGCUCCAGUGUUCACAGAUUGAAGCAGAAGUACGCAAGAUAAAGCUGAUUGGCCAGGGAGCAGUGAAGAAGGUCUAUCUGGCAGAAUGGAGAGGUCAUAAGGUGGCUCUGUCUGAGCUGGCCUCUCUGGAAUACCGAGAAGAUUUCCUCCAUGGACUGUCAAUGUUACUGGACCUUCAGGGUCCACAGGUGGUGCAGUUGGUAGGGUUUUGCCUUGAAGACGACAUUAUAGUUACCCAGCACCAUCCACAUGGCUCGCUGCUAAACCUAGAAGACGUUCUGGCACAACAGAAAUACCAGCAUCUAAAUACUUGGCACCUUCGACUGAGACUGGCCACAGACUACGUCUCGAUCCUCCACUACCUCCACAACAGCCCUGCUGGCCGGCGGGUGAUGUGUGACUCCAACAGCCUGGAGAAAACCCUUUCUCAGGUCCUGUUAACGAAUGACUUCCACCUGGUAGUGAACGACCUGGACGCUCUGCCUGAAGUAGACGCAUCUAAGGGCACCUUGGUGAAAUGCGGCAGCCGAGAGCUCACUGGAGACUUCGUGGCCCCAGAGCAGCUUUGGCCUUUCAGAGACAGUGGGCAGCCAUUUUCAGAUGAUCUCAUGCCACCGUACGAUGAAAAGACAGAUAUCUGGAAGAUUCCAGAUUUGACACAGUUCAUAAUGGGAAGGACUCCAGGUGGAGAUUUAGUUCAUUUUCAUCUAUUUCAGAUCUAUAAGCAAUGCAAAGAUGUGGACCCUAAACUCCGGCUUUCUGCUCUUGAUGUUUUGAAGGCAUACAAAUCGGUCUACAGUGCAAUCGUACGAGAAACAUCUGGUCACAGAGAUAUGCUGUAGGAUCACUCUCUGAAAUUGAUGGUUACAAAGACUUCAGAACUGUGGUUGAAAGGUGUCUGUUUAGACCAGUGUUUCUCUACCCUGGUCCUCACUGCCCCCCUGCUCUGCAUGUUUUAGAUGUACCUCUAUUCCAGAA